GGGACUGCAACAUCAAUAACAAGUAGCAUUUUAUAUCGGAUCCACCUCACUCUGUGCUACGAAAACCAUGGACCCACCUAGGCAAAUUUCAGGAUGGAUCCUAAUUUUGAAAUGUAUUUAACCGACAUAAUUGCGUGGAUUAACCAGUGGUUUAUCUGAUACGAACGGGCUAGCGGCAGUAAGUGCGACGUGCUCAAUGUAACGUUACAGAGCGCCGCCGCAGACUGCGUUGCGUUGCAUAGCCGACAAGAAAUUGUGAUAAGAAUGGUGCAUCCGUGUAGCGAUAUUAAAACGCUCUGAAUUUUAAUAGUAGGCUAUUCAUUGGCGGUGGGUGUUGCCUCGGCCGGUUUCCAUGACGAGGCGAGCCGAGCGGGUACGAGAAUGCAAGACAGCGGGUCGUUAUGCGCAGGUGGAUGGCCACCUGAUGUGAAGGAGCCGCUGUCCUUUUCUCCGCGUUUUUGCCGCGUUGUUAUAUUGCGAGGCUGCUAUGGUAGCACCGAAGUCCGGAGUUAAGCUGUAAAUACGGCGAAAGGCGAGCCAUGCUGCCCGGCGUCGGCGUGUUUGGCACUAGCCUGACCGCGAGGGUGAUCAUCCCCCUCUUGAAGAAUGAGGGCUUCUCCGUGAAAGCUCUGUGGGGACGAACGCAAGAGGAAGCUGAGGAGCUAGCCAAGGAGAUGGAUGUGCCCUUUUACACCAACCGGAUCGACGACGUGCUGCUGCAUCAGGAUGUAGAUUUGGUGUGCAUUAACCUGCCGCCACCGCUCACUAGACAGAUCGCUGUCAAAACACUGGGUAUUGGGAAGAAUGUGAUCUGCGACCGCACGGCGACUCCUCUGGACGCCUUCCGCAUGAUGUCGGCCGCCCAGUACUACCCAAAGCUGCUGAGCAUCAUGGGAAACGUGCUGCGUUUCUUGCCCGCGUUUGUGCGCAUGAAGGAGCUGCUGGAGGAGGGCUACAUCGGGGAGCUGCUGGUGUGCGAGGCACAGGUCCAUGGCGGGAGUCUUCUAGGGAAGAAGUAUAACUGGAGCUGUGACGACCUGAUGGGCGGCGGCGGCCUUCACUCCGUGGGCAGCUACAUCAUCGACCUUUUGACCUUCCUGACCGGGCGGCGCGCGGCCAAGGUGCACGGCUUCCUCAAGACCUUCGUCAAGCAGACGGACCACAUCCGCGGCAUCCGCCAGAUCACCAGCGACGACUUCUGCACCUUCCAGAUGGUCCUGGAGGGCGGCGCCUGCUGCACGGUUACGCUCAACUUCAACGUGCCCGGCGAGUUCCGCCAGGAGGUCAUCGUCGUGGGGACGGCCGGCCGGCUCACGGUCAACGGCACGGACCUGUACGGCCAGAAGAACAGCGGCGAGGGCGGACGGCAGCUGCUGCUCAAGGACAGCACGCCGCUGGGGAACGCGUCGUUGCCAGACAAGGCGUUCAGCGACAUCCCCUCGCCCUACCUGACCGGCACCAUCUGCAUGGUGCAGGCGGUCCGGCAGGCCUUCCAGGACCAGGACGACCGGCGCACGUGGGACGGUCGGCCGCUGACCAUGGCGGCCACCUUCGAGGACUGCCUGUACGCGCUGUGCGUGGUGGACACCAUCAAGAAGUCCAACCAGUGCGGCGAGUGGCAGAACAUCGAGGUGAUGACCGAGGAGCCGGAGAUCAGCCCGGCGUACCUCAUCAGCGAGGCCAUGAGGCGGAGUCGCAUGUCCCUCUACUGUUAGCGCCGCUCUCUGCUGUUAGCUCGAGCGCCUUUUUUUACACAGGACUGCUGCUGUGUGUCCUUAUACUGGAGUGAGAGCAGCUCUCUAGCUCCCUCUGGUGGCUUGAAGAGGCAUUGCAUCACUGCACUUGACUAAUGGAGGGAAAUAUACUGUGGAUCAGUAAUGUCAGGACAGGUUUUUGCCGGAACAAUAAAAAUGGAGGGCUUGCCCUUGUGCUCGUCCAUGGUGGCACCUGGAUUGCAUUUGUAUCACAGAGGAUCCGCGUGUAGAGGCUAAACAGACUGACUGACAAACUACUGGGGAUUCUGUGCAAAGGACACACAACCAUGGCAACAGUUUCCGUGGUUUUCUUGUUCCUCAUCUGAGAUGAAUGUGCAAAAUCGGGAGGGGGGGGGCUGUUGUCAACGUCUGUGUGUUCUCAGUGUUCCUUUGUGUGUGUGUGUGUGUGUGUGUGUGAGCGAGAGAGACAGCGUGACUUUUGUCACCUUUAAAAAGGAAAAACCCUAAAAAUCAAUAGUUUGGCUGGUAGGGCUUUUAGUGGUAAAGUGCCCCUCCAAUUAGAUAUGCAAUAAUCCUGUCUACACACUGGCUCAACAUCAUGGCUAACAGAUGAGAAUGCCCCCUUUUUGCUUGCCUCCUGUGUCAUUCAGGUCAAUGGACUGCAAACUGUAACCUGCAUCCAGCUUAGUGUUUCUAGCUGCAGUAGGCAUUUAAAUGUGGUUGUGUUUCUCAACGCUUUUCUACCAGCCCGUUGUUUUUUUCAACGCUUUUCAAACCAGUUGCAUUGAGGCUUUGCUUGCUUGCACUACUAGCAUGCAUAAUGCUCGCUUAGCAGAUGUGUCCAAAGGCAAUCAGUAGUGGCCUCCAUGGUCUCCGUACAGCGCAGAGCAAAGCCCGGAGCUGCCCUAUGCCUGACAUUGCUGUGUUCUCUAACUCUGCAUGGCUUGGACUGGUUAAAGGCAAACAGAACCAGAGGGAUGUGCCUUUUGAGAAAUUACGUUUCUUAGUUACUGUAAAUUGGGUAUGCCCAAAUGAACACCAUUUUGGACUGUGGUAACAUUUACACUGUUUGGGUGUCAGAGGGCCUUGGCUAAGAAGAAAAGUGACAGAAAGGAAACAACUUUUAGUAAACAAUGAUACCAAAAUACAUUCAGAGGUAGAAGGGGUGCGCAUAUGUGAAGACCAAUGUACUGUACCGCUUUAAGAUCCCAAAUCUCUGAUCUUUUCUAGAGGAGUCUUUGGGUAAAACCAGACGUGAACAUUCAGUCCUAGUGCAUGCUCCAUUUCAGAGUGCAAUUUUAAUGUUUGCUAUAGGUGUACACUCAGACCUACGAGCCAAAAGAUUGAUUUUUUUUAUUAUUAUUAUUUAAAGAAUUCAGUCAACCCAGUGUUGGGUUGUAUUAUGACCCAACGACAUGCUAUGCCUCAUCAUCACAUUGUUCCAACACUGUAUCUUGUGUGUCUGUGGAUAGUGUCAUAACGACAUGGUGUGUGUGUGUGUUUUUGGUUGUUAUUGUUUUUUUGAUGUUCUUGCUUUGUUUACAAAGAAGAAAAAUGAAAAAAAAAAAACUUACCUGCUGUACAGAACCAGAAAGAAAUGUUUUAUACUUGUUGUUUUCAGUAUAGAAGUAUUUAUUUUCUUUUGGUCUGCAUGCUUAUCACUGGAAAAGAAAAAACCUGAAAUGUCUGUAUGUGAGGAGAAAAAGACACGCAGACAUACAGACAGACAGUUGGACAGUCAGAGGGAGAGGUGGACAAGUGUAAGGCCUUUUGGGCAUACACACACCUUUGCUGUAUACAGGACAUGCACUGUGACAUCUCUAUAAGGAGUGUGUGAUCAAGUCCUGCUUAUUUUGCCGUUAGAGAGCGAGUAGCCCACUGCGUUUUUGUGAAGAGGUUACACUGUAAGACACAAUCUGCUGAACCUUCACCGCCACCAAGUUAAACCGUUCAGGGAGAUGUGAGAAGGGCACCAUACCAUUCUUCAAAUUUAACUGCAAUGUCAGUUUCAGGUCAGAGAUGCUUGUUCGUUUUUGUGUUUGGUUGGUCUGCUGUUCAGCUUUGCUUGGUCACUGACCGCAAAUCGCAUCCAAUGAUUGUUGAGUCAAAAACGUCACAGACCUUUCCGUUCGUAUCCCUACUCCGGAGGAAAUGACGGACAGGCGAUGACUGGACAGUCAACUUCCUCCAGUGGCCCUGUCCACUGUGGGGAGAUAAAAAAUCCACUGCACAUGCUCACUGGAGUCUCUCACAGAGCAAUAUCAGGAGCCUGUCAGUGUAGACAAUGUAAAGGCAUUGGCAUUGAGAACAGGAACUGAGACUUGUGAUUCGAAUAGUCUUUCAAACCUUCUUUGAUAAGGUUAAACUUUAUAUGCCAAAUAUUCCCAAAUGUAUUUCUCUUAUCAGUAGUUAUGCUAUAUUAUCAGUAGUCCUGCUAUAGGCCAGUUUGAAAUACUAAGAUAUACUAAAAAUAAAUACUAAAAAUAAAUAAAUAGCUACUGCACCCAAAAUUGGUUGUUGAGAUAUUGACUGGCUUUCUGUUUUAGUUUGUGAGAAGUCUCAGAGGCUUCAAAGCUAAAGGUCUUGAAGCUCCAGACACAUUCAGUUCAAUUCCCUGAGUAACUUUGCCUUUCUUGUGUAUCUCCCAGAAUGCUUUUCUCUGAGGUGGUGAAGAUCACAGAAGCUGCUUUCAUUAAGGGCUGGCAUGUUUUGUGGCUCCUGCUAUAAAUCUCCUGAUGAAAAGAAACAGUUUCUUUUUUUUGUUUUCAUCACUAAAAUAGACCACUGGAUGUUUUUGUUUUACUGUAAUAGGUGUGCUUGGUUACACCUCGUCUCUGGAUUAUUUUUCUUUCUUGUGUUUGCUAAGUUUGAGUUCAUCCUUAAACUGUACCAUUUUGCAUUAAUUUAAUGCAAAGAAGUCAUCACACCAGCCCAUGUUGAGUGGCUGUGAAGCUAGAAGGAGAUUGUCUGAAGAAAUGUGUUCUCUGUAUACUUUUUUUUUUAUUUAUUGAAGGUAUUAUUCUGACACAUUUUGUGUGUGUGUGUGUGUGUGUGUGUGUGUGUGUGUCUCACUGGAUCCUCUCCUUCCCAUGCUGUGAAGGAGAACAAGCUAAAGUCACGUUGCCAAUGGUAACCGUUCUGUUGAUGCCCAACUGCUCAUAUGGGUCAAGGGUCAAAGACUCUCCUCAUCUGGUGUCCAUUGCAAAUCAGUGAUAAGAAAACAAAUCCCAAGAGGGAACACUUGAAACCAUGCGAAUCCAACAUUACAGCUGCAGAUAUUAAGUGUGUGUGUGUGUGUAUGCUUGCGCUGCUUCCUCCUCUGAAUAUAUAGAUCCCCAUUUUGCAAGGCAGCAUUUGCAAAUGUGUGUGUGUGUGUGUGUGCGUGUGUGCGCAUCUGAAUGCAUGUGUGUGUGUGUGUGCGUGUGUUAAGGAAUGGGGGUAUCCUGCUUUUUGUCUGGGGAGGUGGGGGCUGAAAAGACUGAAAGAAUAAAGGGUUCUGUUGCUGUCAAGAGGUCUGAAAUUGGCUGAUUUUCAAGAUCACAGACACACGCAUAGAAACACAGUGUUUUUCAGCCUCACCACACAUUCACACAAACAUACAGACACAUGAAUAGGGCAAGCCUCAAUCACAGACUCUCUCACACACACAUUAAACAAGCCUCCCUUUCACACACACACAUGCAGAAGAGGAAGGCUGGUUGCUUUGCAUCAGAGAAUCUUUCAUGUGAGUAACCGGAGGGCUGACCUGACAGUCCCCUGCUGGGAGACAGACAGAUGCAUGAUGGGUAGAAACGUAGCGGAUGCUGAGUGUGGCUGUCCAUUAACGUGGGUCAUUACUAGUCAUUACCUCGGUACAGAGCCAACAGGCUUCUAGAGAAAUAUCCAUCAUCUUGAUGGCUGUCAGGUGUCAUCUUACCACAGCUGUCUUAUAAAUGUGGAGAUGGCAAUUAGGCAGAUGGCCCUGCACCAUUUUGUGUGUGUGUGUGUGUGUGUGUGUGUCUCCAUUCCCCUGUGUGUGUGUGCACUUGCUGGCUUGCUUGCAGGGGUCAUAGUGUUCAUUCUGAGACUCGACCUCAAAGAGAUGCUUUCUCUGCACCCGCAGACCUGUAACCUAGCAACCACCCGCUACCGUGCCAAACUCGACCCAUCUUAGAAUCUCUCCCUUCACUCUUUCUGUCUUCACCCUCUCUCGUUUCUGGAGCCCCUUUCCUCUCAGAGGUCUAAUAAUUGAGAUAUUAAGCCAAGGUACAGUGACUUACUGCUGAAAGCUUGAACAAUUGUAAACAUUUCACCUAAAUGUUUGUAGGAACGGCCCUCCACACACUAUGAGUUACAGGAGACUAUGCUGACUUCGGGAAAGCAAAAAUGUCAACUAACUGGUGCUUCUUCAGGUGCUGACUACCAUAUGAACCCAACCAGGCCCUCCUUGGGUUUCAAGGGCAGAGACGAUGAUGUGUAUUAGGCAUGCAUGAUCUGCAUAAGACACAAAUGAGUGUAUUUCCUGAGAACUAGGAAUCCUCUGGCUGAACCCACAAAUCCUCUACAUUGUUCUCAGCACCCCCUGUGUUCAUGGGAGAAAGUGUCCAUCAUCAGGGCUCAGGGCAACACGAGCCAAUCCUGACGGCUCCACACCUCAACGGUCCCACCCACUUUCUUGAGUGACACAUCUAACACAACCAAGAUACAGGAACAUAUUUUUCAGGGUUUUGGGUUCAUUUAGGCUCACCGCCUCCGAUGGUAAAUGAAACCAGAGCCACCACACCCCUGCAGAUUGCAAAUGCUGCCUGAAGCCCCCUCCACUAUACCGCUCAGCCAUUCAUGUUGAAAGGAACCGUUCAUCUUAAUGCUGUGUUGACUUGUGACUAUUUAUUGUGCUACAUGUAUAUGGUGGACGCAUGGACCUUUGUGUAUAUACAUAUACAAUACAUCUAUAUAUUUUGAGAACCAACAGGGUGUAUUUAUCAGUCAGUAACUAGAGAGUGUACUGUACUAGAAACAUUAAAAGUCUAUUUUCUAUAUGCGCUGAACACUGGGAGAGGCCGGCGGCGAGGACUGGUGUUCCAUAUCAUUGCUUCAUGUAGACUGUAAAGGCACGGAAGUGAGUGUGUUUUCAUCCACAAUCUCCCCAGAAAACCCGCGCGGCCCUAGGAUACACGUGUGGACAGCUCGAGAAACCGGCCAGUGUUCUGCAGUCAAAUACCCCUGCUCUGCUUCACUGCUCUGUGUGUGUGUGUGUGUGUGUGUGUGUGUGUGUGUGUGUGUGAGGAAAUCUUUUCAAGUGUGUGCAUGGAUAUAUGCAUGCAUUUGUGCUCACAUGAAAGAGAAAACGGCGUGUGUGUGUGUGUGUAUGUGUGUAACCGCUUUAAUGAAAGGUUCUCAUUUUUCAGUAUGUGUGUGUGUGUGUGUGUGUUUGUACAGUUCAUUGCUCGGACAGACUUGUUUGUCCCAACUGAAUCACUCAAGUAAAGCAAACCUCCAUUGUGGUUUAUGGCCACAGCUCUUGUGAGAUGCUGCGGUCUCUAUGGAAUAAAAGCAUUAUAAAGCUACCUGCA